CCCCUCUUUCCUCUCUUUCUCAGCUUGCCUUUUGUUGUAGUUAGAUCCCAAGAAAAUUUCAACUAUUUUCUCUACAUUUUUUCUAUCGGGCUAUGCUGCUAUAUGUUCGCAAGAUGAAAGCGAGAUCAUCACUGAAACAAGAAUUCCUGGAAAAAUGGAGAAAGGGUCUUCAAAUAGGAAGUAAAAGCAAGGAAGAUUCAACCAUUCUAGAGACGAAAGACGCCAUCAAAUUAUCAGCAGAUGUGGCCAUCGCCGCAACCAGAAACGCCGGCACCCGAUGGCGACAGGCGCUGCUGUGCGACGUCGUUUCCAAAAACCUGACCAACAAACACGUCGUCGAGCAAAUUUUAGGUUAUAAAUUGAAAAACACAGCGGCGACUACUAGGCUGACCACCGCAUGCACCCGGAGAAUUUUGAGACGUGGCCAAAAUCAUCGUCGUCGGAAGAGGAGCAGAAGCCGGGCGCUUCGGAAGCUUGUACCGGGUGGAGAAGAAAUGGAUGGGGUUUUGCUGCUUCAAGAAACGCUCGAUUAUAUUGUCUCGCUACGAGCUCAGGUGGAUGUCAUGCGACGCCUUGCUAGCAUCGCCUGAUCAUCAAUCUAUUUUUACAUUAAAACCCAUGUCAAACACAAUGUCCUGUGCAUCUACAUCUCUUAGUUUUUACUAUCAUUUUUAUUUUUGGAUGUAAAUAUUAUGUGUGUACGUAAUUAAAGAUGAAGGAAUGAAAGAGUAUUCAUGCUAA